GCCUAUAGCCAUCUGGACGUCGCCUAUAUCUGACGCCUAUUGCUGGCUUGGCAUGCCUUUGAGCCUCAUCGUCAAUGCCUAUUCGACGCCUAGGGCCUAUCAGAAGAGCCGUUGCCACGAGUGGGGUAUCGCUGGUCCGGACAUAUCAUGAUUACUUUCGAGCUGCCACCCCAGGUGCAAUAUACAAUGUCGCCCCUUACUGGUUCUGACAUGUUAGGGACUAGAAGUCAUCAAGAGGAUUUCUACUCUUUCGCUACAUUGACUCUUGAUCCAGAAGAACUUCGUGCAAGCCUCAAGAAGUUCCAGAAAGUUGACUGGGAUCCUAACAUAAUAGGACAGCCAUUCAACAGUCAAAUUGCUUUCAUUGGCAUUUAUGAUGGUCAUGGUGGAUCCGCGGUUUCCCAGUACCUCCGUCAAGAACUUCACGGAUUAUUCGAAUCAGUAAAAAAGUCGGACAUUCCAGAACUCUAUGCCUGGAUCCAUGAACUUGGGGGCUAUUUUAAGCGAUUCAGGGGAGGCGCUCUCCAACCAUGGAUUCAUGACCCCAAUAAUCCUCAUGUUUAUGACCUUGAAGCGCGCGCCACACAGACCUUUUUCGAAGUCGAUCGCAAUAUGUCUACCGACGAAGUAGCACAGUCUUGCGGUGCCACUGCUUCGGUUGCUCUUCUUCAGUCCAUUGAUGCCACGGCCACGGCACCAUUCUCUGCAAAAACAGUCGCCCUAACUGUUGCUCACUGCGGAGACACGCGGAUAUUACUUUGUUCUACAGACAGUGCUAAAGUGUUCCGAAUGACUGACAAGCAUCAUGCAGAUGCCAGGGUUGAGUCUAUACGUCUUCGGCGCAUGAUGGGAUCGUCUUUAAUCACGGAUUCAUUUGGAGAGUCACGAUGGAUGGGUGCUCUUGAAAACACGCGUGGAUUAGGCGACCUGCAAUUCAAAAAAUUCGGUGUUACUCCGGAACCAGAAAUCAGAACGAAGCUCUUGGAAGGAAACAAAUGGGCCUAUAUGGUGCUUGUCUCAGAUGGUGUUUCUUCAAUACUUUCAGACGAUGAAGUUGCGGACUUGGCAAGGGGUGCUCCUGACCCCAAGACCGCUGCUGAGCACAUUUUGGCAUUUGUGGAAGAGUUAGGUGGUGAGGACAACGCGACGGCACUUGUAGUUCCUUUGGCAGGGUGGGGCAAGAUCACUGGACCCGACAGAACCAAAUCCCUUAGGGAUUACCGAAGGGAGCAGGCUGUUGGGAGUGAACGGCUUAGGAAAAUGUAACUCAAAUCACUGCCUUUCUUGCAAUGUCCCUAGCUAGAUCUGUAACCGGUCGCCUUGAUGGGAGCAAGCUUACCAUUUCAUGGCAAAGACAACAUGUCACCGGAAAAGCCAUGGCCAGGUG